CACUGAGUGGGUCCGCAGCCUAAGCACUUCCCCUUUUACAAACCGUGACGUCUCUGCAGCGCGCUAUAAAAGGCUCUGAGACUCCAGGCAGAGGCUCUGGCACCUCCAGAGCUGAGAAGGAAGGAGCGAGGGGGGGGUGGCAUCCACGCCGUAGCCUGAGGGACUGCAGGCGGCAGUGGCAGCAAGUGCCGCUGUGCGACAAGACAAAAAUCAGGUGGCUUUUCUCCAGCUAGGUUGACUCCAGAUCGCUAGUCCUUGGCUCAGAACUUUUGGAGGGGGCACUAUGUCUGGUGCCCCUUGGGCUUCCACAGCAUCCCUUUUUCCCCGCCAAAGAAAGCGGUUGCAGAAUUUAGAGCUCCGAGUUGCCUCCAAGAGCUGUGAUUCGAUGAGUAAUUGCUUUUGUCAAUUACUCUCUUAAAACCUAGACAGAGACAACCCCCCCCCCCACACACACACAUAUGCUUAAUCUUGAAGAGAAGAAUAUCGAAGCUUCCUGAGUCAGAUCAACUUUGCCCAUUCUGCAAUCACUCAAUCCCCCCCGAAAUCCGCCCAGAUCUCGGGGAAGGAUUCUGACAGGAGACGUUGAACCUCCUGUUGCUUGGAGCUUUGCACUUCAGUUAUUCUUCAUUGGACUCCGUUCCCUAGGGGCGUGCGUGGCAGAUCCACAGGUUUUAAUCCGAGAAGAACGAUGGAUAACAUUCUGCAGAGUAAUUCAGACCUUGCCCUCUCCCUAAAUGUCUCCUCCAAUAGCUCGGAAGCCAACCAGUUCGUGCAACCGGCCUGGCAGAUCGUUCUCUGGGCAGCUGCCUACUCUGUUAUUGUGGUGACCUCCGUGGUGGGCAAUGUGGUAGUGAUGUGGAUCAUCUUAGCCCAUAAAAGAAUGCGGACAGUGACUAACUAUUUCCUGGUGAACUUAGCCUUCGCAGAAGCUUCUAUGGCUGCCUUCAACACAGUAGUGAACUUCACCUAUGCCAUUCAUAACGAAUGGUAUUACGGACUGUUUUAUUGCAAGUUUCACAACUUCUUCCCGAUUGCUGCAGUCUUCGCCAGCAUCUAUUCCAUGACGGCUGUCGCCUUCGAUAGGUACAUGGCAAUUAUCCACCCCCUCCAGCCUCGACUAUCAGCUACUGCCACCAAAGUGGUCAUCUGUGUCAUCUGGUCCUUGGCUCUCUUGCUUGCCUUUCCACAGGGAUACUACUCUACCACUGAGGACAUGCCUAACCGAGUUGUGUGCAUGAUUGAAUGGCCGGAGCAUCCCAGCAAGGCUUAUGAGAAAGUGUACCACAUCUGUGUGACUGUGUUGAUCUACUUCCUCCCUUUGUUGGUGAUUGGUUAUGCAUACACCAUGGUGGGGAUCACCCUUUGGGCAAGUGAGAUUCCUGGGGAUUCCUCUGACCGCUAUCAUGAGCAAGUAUCUGCCAAGCGUAAGGUGGUCAAGAUGAUGAUUGUGGUGGUCUGCACAUUCGCCAUCUGCUGGCUACCCUUCCACAUCUUCUUUCUCCUGCCCUACAUCAAUCCAGAUAUUUAUAUGGAGAAGUUUAUUCAACAAGUCUACCUGGCCAUCAUGUGGCUAGCCAUGAGCUCCACAAUGUACAACCCCAUCAUCUACUGCUGCCUCAAUGACAGAUUUCGCAUUGGCUUUAAACAUGCCUUCCGGUGCUGUCCAUUCAUCAAUGCUACAGAAUAUGAGGGUCUUGAAAUGAAGUCCACCCGCUAUCUUCAAACCCAAGGCAGCAUGUAUAAGGUCAACAGAAUUGAGACCACUGUCUCUUCAGUUGUUGGGGUCACUGAGGAUGAGCUGGAAGAUGGAUCUAAGACCAAACGCCUAUCCCUAGACCUCACUUCCAAUGGUUCCUCACGAAGUAAUUCCAAAACCAUGUCUGAAAGCUUCAGCUGCUACUCCAACACUCUCUCCUAAAUUCGUACUUAAUGGAGCAGCUAACCAAAAAUUGCUGCCUUCCACUUUCACCUCAGGCCUUCAUGAGCACAUUCACCAAAGUACACCCAUGUCACCAUCUUUUUUUUUUAUUUCAUUUCAGACAGGCAUAAUAUUCAUGAUCUGGAGGGCAUCAGACAUUCCCCAGGAUGGGGCCUAUGGAAAGUAAUGGUGUGAGAAAGUAAAAGAUGAAUGGAUUUGGGAACCUGGUUCUCAUUCAUCCAUUAUGCCAGUUACAUGGCAUUUCUGUGAGUUUUAGUUCUCUGCCCCAUUCAAUAAGAUUGGAUGACCCAUUUUCUAACAUCCCUUGCAGAUGUGAGAUUCUAUAUAGGCACUAAUGAAUAAGCACUGAAGAAAACACCAAUAGACAGGAGAGAUAAUGAACCUCUCCUAUAUGUUCAGCCUUAAUUAUCCUGUGAAAUUGUCCUCCCUCCAGAUGAGAGCUGAUUUGAUGCUCCUCUUUAUUCAAAGAGGUAAUGUGGAAAAGAAACAUUUUAGACAUUAUAAAUAAUGAUUUUAAUGUUGGAGAGGGUGAAUGUCUACAAGAAGACUCUAAUAUCCCAUCAAUUCAACAAAUUCAGCUGGCCUUGAGGUAUCAUCAGAUUCUUCCAUGCUGCCUUUUCUGGGUUACUGCCCUCAGAAUGCAGAAUGGAUCCAUAAAUACAAUUGAACAUCUUUCAGGAUCUGGGAGUCAAGAAACCAGACUUUACCACAAAAUGACUAAGUAAGCUCAGGCAAGUCAUUUAGGCCUCUUUUCUCUGGGGCUCAGUUUCCUUCUUUGUAAAAUGAAAGGAAGUUGAAUUCAUUGGUCCAUAACAGCCAAUCCAGGUCUCACAUUAUAUUUUCUAAGUUAACAGUUCUCAUGAUUUUGUGAUCCAAUGGCUCAUCCAAUUCACAAAUAUCUGAUAAAUUGUGUUGCCUCAAGCAAAUCUUUUCACUUUUCUAAACUUCAGCUUCCAUUCCUCUACAACAAAGGAGAGUUGGGAUUAAAUGCCUUGUCUGAUCCUUUCCAACACUGACUUUCUGUUCCAUGUCCAGAAUAGUCUAUAUUCUAAGGUACAUUCCACAUCUGACAUUCCACAUUUUAUCUUCUAAUUUCCUUCUAGUUCUAACAUUUCAUGACUUCAGGAUUGAAAGGUCCCACGUGACCAAAAAUAUUUGAUAAAUUACAUGUCUCUGAGCACUGUGGGUCCCAUUCCCUCUCCCCCCUUUUAAUUAGAAGGGAAUAUUUCAGGGCCCACAGGUAAAGAUCAUUACCAACCUAAUAAAGAUAGGGUCAAAACAAGACUUAACAGUCACACAGAGAUAAUCCAGUAUGCCAGAGUACAAAGAGUAGUAAAUGCCAGGAAUCAAAACCAGGAGCUCAAGGAUCCUUUGACAACUUCUGAAGGAGUGUAACAUGUAUAGAAGUCAAUGUACAACAUGGCACAAUACAGUGUACAGAUGACCUCUCAUUGAGGUUGGGGAUCAAUAACUUGGAAGAACUAGAAACAUGGAACUAAAUACCUAAGAACAAAGAUGACUUAAACUAUAGUAAGCAUCUUAGAAUCUUUGAGGGUUGUUGGCAUUCUGAGCUCCAACCCCACUAUAAUCAUCAACCCAGUUUUUUCCUUGACUUGCCUUGCUUUGACUAUGUUCAUCAAUAUGAAAGGCAAAGAAAUGUGGGACUAGUUGAUCUCCAUGUUUCUUUCCAGUGGACAUUCCAUGUUCAAUGGUCCCUUAUAGCUCUGGCAUUCUAUGACUAAAAUUAUGCCAUUAAAAAAAAAAGACUUAUAUGAAAUGAAGUCCUCAAGAAGAAGAGAGAAAUAUGGGAAAAUCCAGUUAUUAAUAAACAGCUUAGUUUUUCCUUUUCUGGAGAGGUGACUCUUGUCAGGAGUCACAUGUAAAUAGGCACAUCAGAUGUGCUUGCUGAAUUCAUUCUCAAAGCUGUCUACUGCAUUUCCCUUUCAGGGACUUGAUAGUCAUCUCUACAAUGAAAAAUGUCGUUCAUAAAGCUCAGUCUCUUGCUACUGUGAGCUUUCAGGAAACCAACCUUUCCUCAUAGACCUUCCAACUGUACUCCUGAUUCUAGCAUGCAACAGGUUCUCCCCUCACUGCCAAAGGUCCCACUGACUCUCCUAAUCAUCAGCCAAGGAGAGAAAAAAAAAACUACCUGGAUCUUGCUCCAACCAGUUAUGUAUUUCUUGGGGAAUUAAAUGUGCAUGUGAAUCCAUGUGGAACUUCAUCAUUCACCAAGACUUUCUGAGAAAGAGAAAACAUGUACAAAGCAAUUGACUAUACUGGUGAUGCUUAUACUGCUUGCCACUGAGAUGUAUCAAAUGAAAGACUCUAUGUUCAGAAACUCUUUGAAAUUAGCCUUUUGGCUCCAUCAAUCUGACUAUUAUCUCCUGAUGUUUGUGGUGGUUUUUAUGAUAAAAUUGUUCCACUCCUUUGAGAUAAACAGUCUACAUAAGAGUGUUAUGUUAAAGAUGUUAUGUUUCCAGCAUGUGACCCUCCAGAAUGCAGUCAUCCUAGGAUUUUAUGUUGGGGAUAUUAGAUAUAAGAUCAAAGAAGCCCUAAUCAGGAAAAGUAACAUGGCAAUAUUUCUUUCUAGAUGCUCAUUUAGUGGAUGCACAGUUUAUAUUGGUAGCGGUAAAGGGACAUAGGUGCAUGUUAGUUUUGGGUAUUCUAAGGAGGCCUCGAGCCAUUAGUAGAUUUCGAUAUCCCUGACAUGUUAACAGCAUAGUAUAGCAAAUAAAAAGUGAAACUAGAAAUCAGAAUCACAGUUCAUGUCCUAACUCUAUCAUUAUUAUCUGUGUGGCCUUGAGGAAGUCACUUAACUACUCGAUGCCUCCGUUUUCUCAUAUAUAAAAUGAAGGAAUUGUAUUAAAUCUUUAAGGUCAUUUUUAGCUCAAAAUCUAUGAGUAUAGCUAGCUCACAUGCUGGAUUGGAGUGAAAAGGGGGACAAAAGGGGAGCACUGGAUGAAAAAGGGGGAAUAAUUAGAAUAAUAUAUUUGUGCAAUAGAAAUAUAUCAUGGAAGAUUGGAACAGGAAGCAAAAAUAGGGCCUUAGUCCAUUAGAAAUGGUAUUGAGAAGAGAAAAUAAAUGAAUGGAAUAAAUCAAAUGAAAUUUGGGUGAAACCUCUAAAGCCCAAAUCCACUUUUAAAGGAUUUGGCCAGUAGCUACAAUAACAGAAACAUAGGGCUUUAGUAUCAUCACCUGGAAAUGCUCUAACUCAUUUAUCCCUUAGGGAUAUAUCUAGCCAAAUCCAGGGUUAUUCCUUCAGAUGUGUAUUAUUAAAAGAUCAGCCUCACUGUCCCUACCAAACAGCUUAGACAAACUGUGUCCAGCUUGUUUCAUUUUCAUAUAUGGAUGGCAAUGGCCAAGCGAACAGUGUUGUUAAAUUGAGUUAAUUGUUAAAUGAGUCUAAAAGGAAAAGUGAAGGAGAAGAAGAGCCAGCAUAAAAAGAAAAAGAAUUCAGAGCAAAUAUGUUGAUUUGGAAAAGUAAUAAGACUGAAGUUCGGUUGUAAAACUUAAAGAGGAUCAUGGUAGCUAUCUUCAAGUGCUUCAAGGACUGUCAUAUGGAAAAGCUCAGAAUUUUUAUGUUUGACUUCAUGCUAAGUCUAUUUUGCCAGGUAUCAAUUCUGGAUAACUGUAAUUUCUCCACUUCUACUCCUGAGCUGCCUACUAUUUCUCAUAUCAUGUAACUCCUUGUUAAUUGCACAAUAGAUCGAUGCUUAACUUAAGCUGAAUUCUCAAUACUGUUAAGAAAUCUUUUGGUUCAUGUAUAAUUCAAAUCAAUUUAACAACUAAGUAUCUACUACAUGUAAAGGACUGUGCUAGGUACCAGGCUUACAAAUUCAAAAAAUAACCAACAGUCAGCUCCCUGUUUCAUUUUGGCAUUCAGAGCCAACCACAUCCUAUGUUGUUUCAAAUUAUUCCCCUUCUCCCAUUCCAUACCAUCCUCAACAUAUACUUCACAUUUCAAUCAAACUAGAUCACUAGCUCUUCCCAGAAAUCAACAUGCCAUCUCCCAUCUGCUCACACAGGCCAUCCUUUCCCUUUGCCUACUAUGAGCUUCUUUUUUAUUUCCACC